AUGGCUUCAUUAGUUAAUGUUACUUCUGUUGAAUUGUCAAAUAAUCCUGCUCCAUUUGAUAGCAAACUUUCGUUAUCUAUUACUUUCAAUUGUCUUGAAAUCUUAAAAAAACCUUUAUCUUUUGAUAUUGUUUAUAUUGGAUGUCCUAAUGAUACUGAACAUGAUCAAGUACUAGAUACAAUUACUAUUCCUGAAGUUACAGUGGGAAAUCAUACAAUUACAGUUGAGGUUGAUCCUCCAGUUGUUGAGAAAAUUCCAAGGGAAGAUUUUGUUGGUGUUACUGCAAUCAUGCUUAAGGCCUUUUAUUCAGGUCAACUUUUUAACAAAAUAAGUUGGUAUUGUGCAGUUGAGUAUACUGAUCCAGAAUUGAUUGAAAAUAAACCUGAGAUACCAGUUGUCGAGAAACUACAGAGGAGAGUUGUCUUUGAUGAACCACGUAAUGUUAUUUACAAUAUUAAAUGGCGGGAAGAUGAUGUUGAGGAUGAGGUUGUUACAACUGAAGAAGUAGAAGAAUCUGAUGUGAUUGUCUUUAGUUGUGAACCCAGUGAAUUUGACAUUGCAGCUGAAAAUGCUGAAGCUGCCGAGUGCGAAGAAGUUUGCCAGGAGAUGGACGAAGACAGUGAAAUAGCCGAUGAAUCGAUGGUUGAAGACGAUGACAGUGGAUCUGUUGAUUUAAAUGAUGACUCAGAUGUCUCUGCAGAUGAGGAUGUUGCCGAUGAAACAAUGGAAGAUGAAGAGCCUUUGGAGGAGGUAGUUGAGCACACAAAACAAAUUGUGUCCGUUUAA